GCAUCUUCCAUUGUUUUGCAAGAUUAUGAAGGGUGUGCCAGCAUUGUACCAGAGCUUACUUUUGCUGAUUACUACAACUUCUGUGCUGAGCCAACUGUGCCAUUCUAUUCAUGGAUGAUUCAGUGUGGGAAGGUUGCUGCCUAUCCCUUCUGCAAUCGUAUCCGCCAACGGGCCCGCAUUGCAUCUUUGUUGACGACUGGAACAGAGGCCAUUCAGGGAUUUGAUACUGAGGAGAUCCAGGAGGUUGCCGAGAGUGUGCCAUUGCACUCUGAAACGAAGCAGGCUUCUGUGGGAAGUCUUCAGAAACAGAAGAAAUCCAUGAGAGACAUCCAGUGUCAAGCUUGCAUGAGAGCUCUUCGUACACAGUCCUCCAUGAGAGGCUUCCAGAAGAAACCAUCCAUAGGAAGCCUUGAGAAGGAACCUUCGAUGAAGGGCCUUCAUCAGAAGCAAGCUUGCACGAGGAGAUCGAGCACAAGGCGGUCCACCAUUCUGUCCCGACCAGAAAUGAUCCUCUUGGCCCACGAUGAAGACGAGCUCUACCUCAGUGACAGUGAGGAUGAAGGUGACAACUCUUCACGUCCCAGCCUUAGCAGCGGCAGUCGCGGUCUUAGCAAGAAGAAUCGUACAUGGGCACCAAAUGCUAUCAUGAGCAGGACUAUUGGCCCCGGGUUCAGGAAGACUGUUACAGCUGAUGCUGUUUUGUACAGGGGGAGUGGACACUGUGGCAGGGUUAUGAGAUUGGACAGCUGCAUGGUCAAGCGACUGGAUAGCCCUACAAGUGUGACGGAGACAACUGAAUCCAGCCAGAAGAGUUCUCCAAACGCCAGCAACACAAGUCUUUCUACCAGUUUCUCGGACAUGCAAGAAUUGCCCGUGUUGAAGAGCAAUGUGCCUCUUGUGAAAGUUUCCACCGAUGUUCAUGGCCGUGUUGCCGUGGACUGUUGA